AUGAACGCGGCGGUGGUGAAGCGGACGCAGGAGGCUCUGGGCAAGGUGAUUCGGAGGCCGCCGCUGACCGAGAAGCUGCUGAACAAGCCCCCGUUCCGCUACCUGCACGACAUCAUCACGGAGGUGAUCAGGAUGACGGGCUUCAUGAAGGGCCUCUACACGGAUGUCGAGAUGAAGUCCGACAACGUCAAGGAUAAAGAUGCAAAAAUUAGCUUCCUGCAGAAGGCCAUAGACGUGGUAGUCAUUGUCUCCGGAGAGCCACUGUCGGCGAAACCGGCUAGGAUCGUGGCAGGGCACGAGCCGGAGAGGACCAACGAACUGCUGCAGAGAAUUGGAAAGUGCUGUCUCAGCAAGCUCUCCAGUGACGACGCGGUGAAGAGGGUGUUGGCGGGAGAGAAGGGGGACACAAAAGGUCGGCCCUCACUGACGUCCAGACCGCAGGAACUGGAUAAUAAGAACGUGAAGGAAGACGAGUCCAGGGUCCAGAAGGACAAAGAGGAUAAAGGAAAUUCUGAACCAAACGAGAGAAGUACAGGCAGAGAUCAGAAACAGAGAGAGGACUUAAAGGAAGAAAGCAAACCCCGAGAGAAGGAAAGGGACAAGGACAAGGCCAAGGAGAAUGAGCGGGACAGACACAAAGAGCCGGAGCGAGACAAGCACCGCGAAGGGGACCGCGAGCGCGCCAAGAGCCGGGCGCGGCCGGACAGGGAGAGGGCCCGGGACCGCGGCCCCCGGGAGCGCGACAAGGACCCGGAGCGCCGGAGCGAGGGCGGGAAGGAGAAGGAGCGCGGCAAGGAGCGGGAGCGGGAGCGGCGGCGGCUGCGCAACGGGGAGCUCUGCAGGGGCCCCGAGCCCGAGCGGAGCCGCGAGCGCGACCGGCCGGAGAAGAAGUCAUCAAGCUCAGGAGAGAUGUCUAAAAAGUUAUCCGAUGGAUCUUUUAAAGACCCCAAAGCCGAAACAGAGACUGAAAUUUCCACCAGAGCAUCCAGGUCAGUGACAACAAAGACGUCAAAGCGGCGAUCCAAGAAUUCAGUGGAAGGAAGAAAGGAGAAUAUUGUUUCAGCUAAAAUUUUAGACCCCAUAGUGCCUGGAUUAAAUAAUGAACCAGAGCAGGAAACUACAACUUCAGAAAUAGGAGCGAAAGAGGCCAAUACUAACUCAGCUAGUGUUUCAGAUGAAAGUGCAGCCAGUCCGUGGAGAGGCAGCGCUGAGUCAGAGCCGGCCACGAAGCAGAAAGGUGACUGUCCUAGUGAUGCAGAAGGAGACGUCGGAGCUCCCGGCCAGGAGAAGAGCGAGGCGCCCGAGAGCCCCGAGCCGCCCGGCGAGCUCACGGCGGCCGUCAGGAGGAUACCUCGGCCUGGGAGCGCACGGCCUGCACCUCCCCGGGUUCGACGGCAGGAGAGUGUGGAGGCGCUGACCACAGACAGGACGGGGAGUGGUAAAACCGUGUCCAACGUGAUCACCGAGUCGCAGAACUCUGACAACGAGGAAGAUGACCAGUUUGUGGUGGAGGCCACCCCACAGCUCCCUGAGAUGUCAGAGCUCGAAAUGGCCCAGGCGGUGGACCUGGAGGAAGACGAGAAGCACGGAGGACUUGUCAAAAAAAUUCUGGAGACUAAGAAAGAUUAUGAGAAGUUGCAGCCGUCGUCCAGACCUGGGGAGAAGGAGAAGCUGCUCGUCUUUGAGUCGGCCUGGAAGAAGGAGAAGGACAUCGUCUCCAAGGAGAUAGAGAAGCUCCGGGUGUCCAUCCAGACCCUGUGCCGGAGCGCCCUUCCCCUGGGCAAGAUCAUGGACUACAUCCAGGAGGACGUGGACGCCAUGCAGAACGAGCUGCAGCUGUGGCGCGCUGAGAGCCAGCAGCACGCCGAGGCCCUGCAGCAGGAGCAGAGCAUCACGGACGGCGCCGUGGAGCCCCUGAAGGCAGAGCUGGCAGAGCUGGAGCAGCUGGUCAGGGACCAGCAGGACAAGAUCUGUGCCGUGAAGGCCAACAUCCUGAAGAAUGAGGAGAAGAUCCAGAAGAUGGUGUACAGCAUCAACCUGAGUUCCAGGAGGUGAGACCUCAAAGCUGCAGACUCCAGCGGGUCCCUCAGCCUGUGCGUAAGGAGGAGGCUGGCAUUUCGCUUCCGGUGUGAGGUUUCAGUCUGAAGGCGGCGGUGAGCAGCUCACAGCAUCAUCCUCCUGGUUUUCAGAGCUUUACUACCUUAGGCACAUUCCAGAAGAGAGACCGUGUUUCCCUGCAUUCCUCUGCUGGAACACUCGCUAGUUACAAACGGCUCUUGCGGAUGCCACUGAUGUGAGAUGUUUCUCUGCAAGCCUGGUCUCUCCCAUCAGCUGUUCGGUUCUGGGCCGGUCCGCCCAGCGGGCGAGCGGUGCUGGGACCACCUGGGACGUGGGAGUUCGAGACGGCAGACUCCAGGCCUGCUGACAGGACUGCUCGAGCCCCGAGUGAGGCUGGCUGCGCGUUUUGACAGGAGCCUUAUAAAUGCAAUGAGGCCCAAAAAGCAGAGACUUAAAUUUUUAGCUUACUUCCACUUGCAAAGGGUUCAUUUCAGCCCGUGUCUUUAUAAGGUGCCCAUGAACUCUAGUUUUUAACCUCUCUGUCAUUGCGUGUACCUUAACGCAAUUUUCUUAUUGCUCCCUAUUACGGUUUGCUUAUUCUUCCAGCCCUUAAAAGUUCGUAUAUUUAAAAAGGAGAUUUGAUUGUGGCCUUUGCGGGCUUCUUCUGACCUGAGAGUAUCAUAGGCCGGAUCCUCACUUUCUUCAAUAUCGAGCCCCUGGGCUUCCCCACGAGCACAUCAGUGCAGCUGCGGGAUCCCUCAUCCUCUCUAGAAGCAAAGCUUGCGCUUCAGGCCACUGGCCCAGGCCUGUCCCUUUGCCCAGGUGUAAGCACCUGGGCACCUCAGAGACAGAUGGCUUAGGAAAAACCCGCGGAAGGAAGACUUUAAAGG